AUGGAGCCACCUCGGAGGAAGCGCCUGAGGAGAGCUGCGAAGGCCCCGGUGGAGGCUCCGGGUAUGGCAGCCAAUGACUUUUGGGGACAAGAGAGAAGAGACCUGAGUGGGCCGGAGGCUGUUCCUGAAGGAAACAAUCCAGUACCGGAUAAGCCCGGGGAGAGCAGUCCUUCUGCAGGAACAUUUGAGGACGAUGUGGGGAAUGAAGUACAGAAGAUGCUGGAAAGGCUUGGAGUUGACAUUAAACAGGCUCUUCUCACAAAGAGAAAAAUGUUCGAAAUGGGUACAAAAGCUUCUAUCAAAAUCACUAACGAAACAAUUGAGCAUGUUUGGAAACUACAACAAGAACAAAGGCAGAAUCUUCAUCGCAAAUAUUCUCAGCAGUUUCUGACUUUGUUUCGGGAGUGGAAUGUAGACAUGCAGAAAGCCCAGAAACAACAAGAAAAACUAGCCAGAAUGUUUCAAGAGCAACGAAAAGUUCUUCAACAAGCUAGAGUUGUUCAGAAUCAGAGACUGCAAAAAAUUAAAAAUUUAUAUGUGCAAUUCUUAGAGAGUAUGCAGGACUUAGAGAAGGACCAUGAACAUCUUCUUACUGAUGGACAAAGUGAAGUUAGAGAAGAAAUGACCAAGUUGCAAAACAAAAUUAUGAUGGAAGUUCAACAGCAAGAGCUGGCAAUUGUUCAAAAGUCUCUUCAAUCCCUGUUAUUCUGAUGACUUUGAAGAAAGAACUUGAACCUAAGUGCUAUGAUAGAAGCAUAACAUUAGCUACACUGAACCACAUUGCGGUAGUUUAAAAAUUGUAGUUGAAAUCAGUACAUCUUGUUUACCAUAGCUUGCUUGUUUAGUGCAAGAAUCUUUUCCUGCUAAAACCCCAAGCCCCAAACAGUUACGUGGGUAGCAGCAAUUCCACAAUUAUAUGUA